GGACGUGAGCGGUGGCGCCCAGAUUUCCUUCAGUAACGUAUAUCCCUUCAGUAACAGGCGAUUUUUGCCUGUAGGGUCGCUUCUCCGAUAUUCUGUUCAUGGCUGCGAUAAAGGCCAUAAACUCCAAGGCUGAGGUGGCACGGGCUCAGGCGGCCUUGGCCGUCAAUAUAUGCGCCGCCCGAGGGCUGCAGGAUGUGUUGCGGACCAACUUGGGUCCCAAGGGCACCAUGAAAAUGCUUGUUUCUGGUGCAGGAGAUGUCAAACUCACCAAAGAUGGCAAUGUGCUGCUCCAUGAGAUGCAAAUUCAACACCCAACAGCUUCCUUGAUAGCAAAAGUAGCGACAGCCCAGGAUGACAUUACAGGAGAUGGUACUACUUCAAAUGUUCUAAUCAUUGGAGAGUUACUAAAACAAGCUGAUCUUUAUAUUUCUGAGGGCCUGCACCCUAGAAUAAUAGCUGAAGGCUUUGAAAUUGCAAAAAGAAAGGCACUUGAAGUUUUGGAACAAGUUAAAAUUAAAAAAGAGAUGAAAAGAGAAAUCCUUUUAGAUGUGGCUAGAACAUCUCUACAAACUAAGGUUCAUCCUCAACUGGCUGAUGUGUUAACAGAGGCUGUUGUGGAUUCUGUUUUGGCAAUUAGGAGACCGAAUUAUCCUAUUGAUCUCUUCAUGGUAGAAAUCAUGGAGAUGAAGUAUAAAUCGGAAACAGAUACAAAGUUGAUCAAAGGGUUAGUUCUGGAUCAUGGUGCCCGUCAUCCAGAUAUGAAGAAACGAGUAGAUGAUGCAUUUAUCCUUACCUGUAAUGUAUCACUAGAAUAUGAAAAAACUGAGGUGAGCUCUGGUUUCUUUUAUAAAACUGCAGAAGAGAAAGAAAAAUUGGUAAAAGCAGAAAGAAAAUUUAUUGAAGACAGAGUACAAAAAAUAAUAGACUUGAAAGACAAAGUCUGUGCUCAGUCUAAUAAAGGAUUUGUUGUCAUUAAUCAAAAGGGAAUUGAUCCAUUUUCCUUAGAUGCUCUUGCAAAACAUGGCAUUUUAGCUCUUCGUAGAGCAAAAAGAAGAAACAUGGAAAGACUCUCUCUUGCUUGUGGUGGAGUGGCUGUGAAUUCUGUUGAAGACCUCAGUAUAGAUUGCUUGGGACAUGCUGGUCUUGUAUAUGAGUAUACAUUAGGUGAGGAAAAGUACACUUUUAUUGAGGACUGCAUUAACCCUCGCUCUGUCACCUUGUUGGUUAAGGGACCAAAUAAGCAUACUCUCACACAAAUCAAGGAUGCUGUAAGGGAUGGACUUCGUGCCAUCAAAAAUGCCAUUGAAGAUGGUUGUGUUGUUCCAGGAGCAGGUGCCGUUGAAGUGGCAAUAGCUGAAGCUCUAGUUGCAUACAAGCACACGAUACAAGGAAGAGCUCGUCUCGGAGUCCAAGCUUUUGCUGAUGCUUUACUCAUUAUCCCUAAGGUUCUUGCUCAGAAUUCUGGUUAUGACCUGCAGGAAACACUAGUAAAAGUUCAGGCUGAGCAUUCAGAUUCAAAACAACCUGUUGGCAUAGAUCUGAACACAGGUGAGCCAAUGGUAGCAGCAGAUGCAGGAGUGUGGGAUAACUAUUGUGUGAAAAAACAACUUCUUCACUCUUGCACUGUGAUUGCCACCAAUAUUCUCCUGGUUGACGAAAUUAUGCGAGCUGGUAUGUCUUCUCUCAAAGGGUGACUGAGUUCAGAAUCAACUCUUCUAGAAGCUGAGACUUAGCACAUCUUACAUCCAAUUCCCAUUAUGGAGCCUGAGCCAUUCUUAAUUUUUACACAAUAAAUGCAGUUUAUAUUUGUU